AAUUAAGGGAAAAAAAUGGAAUACCGGGAAUCAUUCAUGUUUAGCAGUUUUUCUUCGGAGAACUGGGCUUCGGAAAGUUUUCAACGGUUUGAAAGUUUUUGCAGUCAGAUGAAUGCUAGUAUGACAAGUUCUAAAUUUAUGGAUUUGAAACCAUUUGAUAUGUUUCCACAAAUGGACAUGAUGCGACCAUUCUCAGAGUCCUUCUCGGACAAUCUAAUGCCUUAUAGUUUAAUGCCUUUGGAUUUAUUUUGCUCAUCAAGACCAAGAAAGAAGACAGAUGACAAUCAGUGGUGGGAGUUGUUUGAUCCAAAUACCUCAAGAUUUUAUUAUUAUAACGCCACUAGUCAGAAAACCGUGUGGCAUCGGCCCCAAAACUGUGAUAUCAUUCCAUUGGCUAAAUUACAGACAUUGAAGCAGAAUACCGAAGUUCGAGAUGAGUUGUUGGCACCAAAGCGAGAAAUUUCCACUCAGACUCCACUCCCUACACCAAGAAGAGAGCACCAUGUACGGACUGGUUCCCUGAAAGAAACGUCAUCCAGUCAACCAAUCACAAGUCCACACCCAGGACGCAAGCAUCGGUACAGCCGACAAGAUUCUAGCUCUUCAUUAAGUAGCUCUGGCCACUAUGACAGCUUUAAGGACAGAGCAACUGGGGAGCGAGUCAGUGCGGAGCAGAUUAGGAGGCGUGGCUCACACUCGGGUUCACACUCUUCCCAUUCAUCAAAUCAGGCAGGCUAUUCAUCAAGUCCUUCUUUUCAAUCGGGCAUUGGGCGUAGAGAGUCCUACGAAAUGUUGCCAAGAGGGGUUGACUCCCCUCGGUUACAAAGAACACAUUCAGCAGUGCACCGUAGUGAGAGCACACACAGUGGAGGACUUCCGGCAAGAUCUAGCAGUUACAGAUAUCCCGAGAGUCGUAUGAGGGAUGAAUCGCCCCAUUACGCAAGGGAUGAUUCAUAUUUAUAUCAAGGUCAUGGGCAUGGAUUUUCACGAGGUGCAUAUCAUAGAGGUAGUGGUAGUGAUAAAGAAUAUAUGUAUGCUAGUAGUCGAUCAGAAACUUACACUCCACCAAAUAGACAUGAUUCAUUUACGCCUCCUCCGUUACAUUCACGUGAGGGGUCUUUCCAUGACUCUAUUCAUUCAAGAGAAGGUUCAGUACAUGACCAUGAACAUUUAUAUAGCCCUGUUACUGUUCAAUCAUCUAAUUCCUCAUCAAGUUAUAGACAGGAUAAUUUAUAUAGUCCAGUGUUAAAUAUGUCCCGACAGGAAGUUGAAAGAACUUCUCAAUUUAGCCCAGUGAAUACAGGCACUCCAACCCCUACAAGGGAGUUGCAGCAGACAGAUAGAAUGUAUAGUCCGGUUAUUCCUCAAUCAGGGUCAAGGGACGAGUGUUUGGCAUUUAGCCAAGAUAUAUUGUGUCAACAGCAAGGUGGACAUGUUAGUCCUUCUCCCAGUAAACCAAAAUUACGAUUUCCCCGAACUAAUCCAACUUACAUUGGUGUAAAUAGACGUGAUGGAAAUACAGCAUAUAAGAAAAUAAAUGUUGAGCAGGCAUUGUUGGAAUCUGGUGCUACGGAAGGUCAAGUUGACGGUGCCGGGAUGCAAACGUCACAAAUUCAUCCUGAAUAUUUUGAAACAAACCAUUAUCGACAUGAACGCUCAGAUAGUGAUGGUUCCUAUUCGUCAGGACGAAUGGGACCAGAACGAAAAGACAGUCAAGUUUCGCAUACAUUACGCAGUCGGGAAUUGUCAGAUUCUCAAUCAUCCCAGGGUUCUAUUAGAAAUAUGUCUGAUGUUCAGUCAGAAGGUUCUCUACGUAACAUGCAAGAUAGUGCAGUGUCUUUUCAAGAUUCUAUUUCUUCUCGUGGCUCGAACAAAAGUUACCCUGAUCGUGAUUUUAAGGAUCGGACUAGUGACAAUCAGUUUUCACAUGUAACAAAUAACCAGUAUUUACAAAACACGUCAAAAGAAGUUGAAGAUGAUGAUGAUUCUGAACCAGAAUAUGCAAAUUUACCAAAUGAUUCUCCACCAAUGAAAAUAGAAGAAAUUACAAUUACCAAAGUGACUGAAUUAGCUCAAAUUCCAAAAUUUCACCUCAAUGAUGAAAAUAACUUAAAAAAUGUGCUUAAAGAAAGAAACUCUAAUAUAGAGAUAAGUGAGUUUAAUGAUGACUUAAGAAAUACAGAUGGAUCUGUUACGCUUGAGUUAACGAGGGAGUUGAAUGGAACAGCUGUUCACGAAGAAGAUGAGGAUGAUGAAGAUGGUGAUGAUCAUAUGAUAGAUCUGAUGCAAAGUUCUCAGUUCUCUGAAGAUCAAGGAUUUGAGGACACAGAAAAUGCGAACGUAUUUCAAAGCUCCCCGUUUAUGGGUGGUAUCCCAGCAGGCCUUGCUUUAGAAACACAACACGCUUCCUUAAAACGUAAGAAGCACGAGAAAAGUGGUGAGGCUGUCGAUGGGAGUCCUGGAUCCGAGCGCCACUCAGCACAGUUGGACUUGACUCACAGACCUUUGUCCAUGGUGGUGCCCAGCCAAGCUGAUGCCAAUAUGCCUGUCUCAUCUAGUAUAGGAUCUUUAAGUAGACAGGGUCGAGCAGGCACCUGUCCACCAAUAAGCCAUAGUAAACAUCUGUCUCCUAAACAAAAACUGCCAUCAGACAGUGAUAUAGAGAACUACGCUCAACAACAUCUUAAUAAACAUAAGAAAGGUCUGUUUGGCAAGAAUGUCCCACUUACCAACAUGCUGAAAUGGUCAAAGGAUCCUAUAACCAAACCAAUGUUGAGAACAACAGACAAGAAUGUAAAGAAAGAGGCUGUGGAAGUGUUUAAACUGAUACAGUCAUACAUGGGAGAUAGGAAGACCAAGUUGACCCAGUCCCAAUUGGCUCUCGACAUCACCAUAAAAGGAUGGUCUGUUGGUCCUGACCUUCGUGACGAAACUUUCAUACAAAUAUGUAGACAAACAACAGAAAAUAAGAAAGAGGACAGUUUACAGAGAGGAUGGGAACUGAUGGCUAUUCUACUGAAUUUCUUCCCUCCCACCCAGAAGUUCUAUUCCUAUCUUGAGGGUUAUAUCUCCAGACAUAUAGAUCCCAAAUAUGACCUAGAAAAUUUUAGCCUCGCCCGCUGGUGCAACACCCACGGGAUAAGAUAUACAGACAUCAUUGAUGACGAACAUUAUAAUCAUGUGCCGAUUCAUCACUUUGCCGAGCAUUGUCAAAGACGAUUAGAGAGGACCAUGCAAUCUGGGGCCAAACGAGGGAUUAGAAAACCCUCCAUAGAUGAAAUAGAACAAGCUAAGAAAUCCAUAUACUGUCCCUCGAUGUUUGGGAGCACUUUGGAGGAUGUGAUGAAGAUGCAGAAAGAUCACUACCCUGAGCGACGGUUACCAUGGAUACAAACAUCAUUAUCAGAAUGGGUGCUUCGCCUUAAUGGUGCCCAAACUGAAGGAAUCUUUAGAGUUCCCGGUGAUAUAGACGAAGUCAACGCAUUGAAAAUACAUUGUGACCAAUGGAAGCCUCCGACGGAUUGUAACGAUCCUCAUAUUCCAGCCUCGUUACUUAAAUUAUGGUAUCGAGAACUUGAGUCGCCACUCAUUCCUGACAAUUUUUACGAAGAUUGUAUAGUUAACUACACAAAUGCUGAGGCUGCCGUUGCAGUUGUGAACCGGCUUCCAGAAAUUAACCGGCUUGUACUGGCCUAUCUUAUCCGGUUUUUACAGGUGUUUGCAGCACCAGAAAAUGCAGUAGUGACCAAGAUGGAUGUCAACAAUUUAGCUAUGGUGAUGGCACCAAACUGCCUGCGGUGCGAGUCUCAGGACCCUAGAAUCAUUUUUGAAAAUACGCGAAAAGAAAUGGGAUUUAUAAGAACUCUGAUACAAAAUUUGGACACAAGUUUUAUGGAAGGAAUAGAGUAAUGUUUGUAGAAGGUUUAGGAAAAAAAAACAGAUUUUUAUUUAACUAAUUAAUUUGUGAUAUCUUUGAAGAAAGAAAUAUUACUUGAGCAUUGUCAUGAAAAAAAAAAACAAGGUGCCGUAUUAAGACGUUACUUUACCUUUGAUGCUGUGCUGACACUAAUGUCAUGAGAGUACACCC